AAACCAUACCAGAUCCCACCAGAGAGGUAAGGCAGAGAUGAAAGAAAAUGAGACCCAGGGAGGGGCAACCUCACAUGAUACAGGAGAAUCCCUGGGAGAGUCCUUUCCUUAGAGAGCACAGGAGUUUGAGACUCAGCAAGGCUGGCCUGGGAGGGCUCAGGGAUGGGAGAAUACACAGACUCAUAACUCACUCAGAGCUGUAGAGGAUGAUGGAUGUGACCAAGAUGACUUUAGUCCUUGGAGACUAGAGAAGGAAAGAGUCAUGAGGCAAUAGGUUAUCUGUGUGUCCUCUCACUGACCAUGCUUCCUUUAGUGACCCCUGACUGCCUCCACAAGUCGCAGAUACUAUGCUGCCUCCCAUGGCCCUGCCCAGCAUAUCCUGGAUGCUGCUCUCCUGCCUCAUGAUCCUGUCUCAGGUCAAAGGUGAAGAUCCCCAGCAGGAACUGCCCUCACCGCGGAUCAGCUGUCCCAAAGGCUCCAAGGCCUAUGGCUCCCACUGCUAUGCCUUGUUUACAUCACCGAAAUCCUGGAUAGAUGCAGAUCUGGCCUGUCAGAAGCGGCCCUCUGGAAACCUGGUGUCUGUGCUCAGCAGGGCGGAGGGAUCAUUUGUGUCCUCCCUGGUCCAGAGCAUUAGUCACAACUACUCCUACAUCUGGAUUGGGCUCCAUGACCCCACACAGGGCACCAGGACCAAUGGAGAUCGAUGGGAGUGGAGUAGCAAUGAUGUGAUGAAUUACCUUGCAUGGGCAAAAAAUCCCUCCUCCGCCUCAAACCCCGGUCACUGUGCGAGCCUGUCAAGAAAUACGGCAUUUCUGAAGUGGAAAGCUUAUAACUGUAAUGCCAGGUUACCCUAUGUCUGCAAGUUCACUAACUAGAGCAGGAGCGAAGUCAGCAGCCUGCGUUUGGUGUGGAACUCAUCACAGACAUGAAGCCAGUGUGAAGACACCCCGGAAGAGAAUAUUCACUUAAUUGCUCCCCCAAAUAUGACCACAUGAUUCUUAUGUUCUGUUUCUUCCUUCCCACUUUCAUUUCAGUCUCUUCAUUUUGUCAUAUGGCCUAAUGCUUUAAAGAGCAAAAAUAAAAUAUUUAGUCUGCACUU